AUGACUUACUACUGGAGACGCCCCCGUCGUUACAAUGUCCCUCUGGUCGUCUACGCUCUCGUCGGCUUCACAGGUCUCGUCAUUUUCCUGCUUUGGUAUGGCAUGAACACAGAUCGUGAUUGGGUUCAUCCUCUUCUGACACAACUGAUCCCCGCCGGUCACUGUGCCUGUCAGGCAUCCACGACUUUUCAGUGCGCCAGCUGCAUUUCAUGCUCGGAAACAUCCACCCUGUCCCUGUCCUCGAGCCGCGUUGAGUCGACUUGGGCAUACGAGUACCCACGAGAUGCCCGCAAUGAAGCACUGGAUCAGGCGCAAUGCCGCGUCGCAUUCAACGGUCUCUUUGAGGAUGUGAACCAUCUGGAUGAUAUUCCUCUGGAGCCGGGCAUGGUGCGCGCCUUCAUCCACCAUGGUCAUUUACAUGUGGUCACGGCCCGUGCUGCGGGCGAGGAUCAUCGCCGAAAGAUCCUCGGGGUCUUGAGCGCCAUUCAUCGGGCACUCGUGGCAGACCAGAUGCGCAGCUCGAGGCGUGAUAUUGAAUUUGUCUUCUCCGUCGAAGACAAAGUUGAGGAUGUGACGAGUGCGCGGCAUCCAGUCUGGGUGUUUGCGAGAACCCCUUCCGAAGAAGGCGUUUGGCUGAUGCCGGAUUUCAGCUUUUGGGCCUGGGAUAAUAAGCGGAAUCAUAUCGGCCCCUUUGACCAGGUGGUCGACCGCAUUAAGCGGUUAGAUUUGCCGUGGGAGGAGAAGAAACCACAGCUGGUCUGGCGAGGGAAGCCAAGCUUUGCACCCAAAUUGCGUCGGGCCCUGAUGGAAGCUGCACGCAAUCAGCCCUGGGGGGACGUCAAGCAAGUGAAUUGGUACACGGGGACGAAUGUCUUGAAGAUGGAAGAUCAUUGUCGGUACAUGUUUAUCGCCCACGUGGAAGGUCGCUCCUAUUCCGCCUCUCUCAAAUACCGCCAAGUGUGCCACUCCGUCAUCAUCGCCCACAAACUCCAAUACAUCCAACAUCACCACUACCUCCUGGUCGCCAGUGGGCCGGACCAAAACUACGUCGAAGUCGAGCGUGACUUUAGUAAUCUCGCCGAAAAAAUCGAGCCGCUCGUCGCCGACACGGACGCUGCCCGUCUCAUCGCCACGAAUAGUGUCAGGACCUUUCGCGAGCGAUAUCUGACCCCCGCCGCCGAGGCCUGUUACUGGCGAGCUCUCUUUGACGGCUAUGGGAAGGUCUGGAAUAGCACCGUGAAUCCCUGGUCCGAACGGACCGGUCGAGAACGAGGACUGCGUUAUGAAUCAUUUAUCAUGCUGGAGUCGCCCAAGAUGAUGGAUUUUACGGCGUAA